AUGGAUUAUUCUACUAAUGUUACAUAUUUGUCUUUGGAAGGGCAUGUGGAGUUGGAGAAAUAUAGAUAUGUAUACUUUGUAAUUUCUCUUUCAGUUUAUCUACUGAUAAUUUGCUGUAAUACUGUUGUCAUUUAUGUUAUUUACACAAACAAAUGUCUCCAUGAGCCGAUGUACAUCUUUAUUGCUGCUUUACUUUGCAGUGCUCUCUUUGGAACGACUGGCCUUUACCCUAAAUUACUGAGUGACUUUCUUUCAGAAAAACAGGUUAUUUCUUUUGGAGCCUGUCUGUUUCAGGCCUAUUGGAUUUAUACAUAUUUUGCAUUAGAGUUUACACUAUUAUCAGCCAUGGCCUAUGACAGAUAUGUGUCCAUAUGUAAACCCUUACAAUAUGCCACUCUUAUAAAAAUAUCCACUGUUAAAAAGCUCUUAUUUUUCUGUUGUUUUUUUCCUUCCUGCCAAAAUAGCAUAUCACUAAUACUAACGUACCGACUUCAGCUGUGUAAAUUUAAAUUAAACAGAAUAUACUGUAAUAAUUACUCAAUCGUUAAAUUAAGUUGUGGAGAUGUGACUGCUAACAAUUCUUUUGGACUCUAUAGUUUAAUUGUUAAUGCAUUUCCACCACUGAUCUUCGUAAUCUACUCAUAUGUUAGAAUACUUGAUGUCUGUUUAAGGAAUUCAAAAGAGUUUAGAAGCAAAGCUCUGCAGACCUGCUUACCACACCUCAUCAUUUUCAUCAGUUUCACUGUUACCUCCUGUUUUGAAGUGAUUAACAGCAGAUUAGAAGGAAAUAUGCCGCAUAUUUUUGCCAUGAUAAUGUCAGUUGAAAAUCUGGUCAUCCCUCCUUUAAUCAAUCCCAUAAUAUAUGGACUGAAACUACAAAAGAUUUUUACAAUAAUAAAGAAAAUAAUUUGGGAGAGGAGACUGAAAAUGUAA